AUGGCGUCGUCUGUUUUGAACGACUCGUUUCGCACAGGGGGCCGUGACCUGAGCUCUGUCGACUCUUUUUGGCCAAUUGCGUCACAGUUUAUUUGUCACUGUUUGCCUCAUUUGGAAAUGGAAAUAGCAAAGCUUUGCCUUUUUUUUGCAAUUUGGGACAGCAAACAAUGUUUGAUAAACAGUCGCUGGAAAGGGGGCGAGAAACGUGACGUAGAAUUUGUUGGCAAUCAUCAAUUCAAGUCCUGCAGGCGUGGCCUUGUGAAUCUGACCAAUCCCAGCUUUUGUUGUGAAAAUGGCGUGAGUCUGACGUCUGCUGCGAUUUCUUCUGGUGGGCAUGGGUUGUAUCUUAAUGUUUUGUUCGUUGUUCAAUACAUAGUGACGAACUUGGGCAGCGAACUUGGUGGUGCGAAUUAUCGACGCAUUUCGCUUGAAAAUUGUGUCAAUUUGAACAAGAUACAAGCAAUAGUGGUUUCUUUGCUUUUGAAAAUCUAUUUUACCUAUUUGUUGCAAGUAUUGUGUAGCAGGAUGAAGGUUGGGCAAUCGUCGGAAAUUUUAGGAUCCAUACAGAAAAGGGUCUUGUUGCGGAAGCCAAUGGAAAGAUGUCAACCUUAUUCAAUUCAUAAGCCAGGGUCGCAGAGAAGAUGGGGAUCAUCUACCCAUACUAACGGUGCUGGGGGCAUUAUUGCAACCAAGAAUGAAACAAUACCAUUGAACAAGGAAUCAUCAGCUAGAGUUUCAAGUCAGAUAAAAACAGUUAUCUCCCUGUUUGUGGAACUAGUCAAAACAAACACACCAUCUUUUGAGUAUUCCUUAUCAAACUUGACUAAGAGGCCACCCUUUCCAAACCUGCAAACUGACAAAUCCAAAGACAAUGUUACAAAUUCUAACAAAAACAUGGAACAAAAAGAUGGAUCAGAAUCUAAAAGUGGUAUCCCGUCCUACUUUGAUAUCCUUGGAAGAAAAAAAGAAGAAAAAACAGUUGGUGCAAUCCCUCAAUGGAAAAUUAAAAGGAAGGCAGUAAGCCAAGAGAGCAUAGAUGCCCGGACAAAGCAUGUGGUUUCAGCAGUGGCAAAAGCAGUAACUAAAUCUAGUUUGUUGGUACGGCUUGAAGAUUUUUGCCGUCACAUGUUUGAAUACCCUCAAGCAAAGAGUUUGGCCUCUCGGGAGGGCGCGGUUUCAAUUUUGUUACGCCUUAAGCAUAGCAUUCCUCGCGACGAACUUAUCCACCGUCAAAUCCGCGAAGGUUUGGCUCUAGUUGGUUACGCUGAUCCUUUGCCAGCUAGAGGUAUUCGCAUUCUGUCGAUUGAUGGGGGAGGAACCAGAGGCCUGCUAGCCCUUCGAAUCCUUCGUCACCUAGAGAAAAUUGGAGGUCGGCCGAUAUAUGAGAGCUUCGACUACAUUUGCGGCGUUAGCACUGGUGCGAUUCUUGCCUUAUUGAUUGGUGCAGCGAAAAAGAGCAUUGGUGAGGUGGAAACCAUGUAUCGGGAAAUUAGUACGGAAGUUUUCAAACAAGAUCGUUCUUCAGGACUAGGCGGGCUUCUGUGGAGCCAUGCCUACUAUGAUACCAACAAAUGGGAGAAAAUUUUGAAAAAUAAAAUAGGGGAAACUGUAAUGAUACGAACUGCCCGUGAGCCCAACUGCCUUAAAGUUUCUGCUAUUUCAAGCAUUGUUAGUCAGGAAAUGCUCCGGCCUUUCGUAUUUCGCAACUAUACCUUGCCUUUCCGCGUCCAGUCGCUCUACAGUGGAACUUUCCGACACAAAAUGUGGGAAGCGGUGAGAGCUUCAUCGGCUGCGCCGGGAUACUUCGGAGAAUUCAAACUUGAAGAAAAUAUUCACCAAGACGGAGGAUUGUUCGUCAAUAAUCCAUGCGCCGUGGCCAUACACGAAGCCAAAUGUAUCUGGCCGAACGCCAAACUCUUAAGUGUAGUGUCAAUUGGCACUGGACGAUGUCAGCCCUUGAAUAUGACAGCGCUUGGUACGAAUGUCAUUGAUCCAAGUACUACAAGUUUGAAACAGAAGCUGAGUAAGGUGAUCGAUUCGGCCACUGAUACAGAGCGCGUACACACAAUCCUUCACGACCUUUUGCCACCGAAAGUGUACUAUCGUUUCAAUCCAUACUUAAGCGAAAUCCAUGGUCUGGAUGAGACGGAUCCAGCACGGUGGGACAGAAUGUUAGAGGAUGUUGACAUGUACAUCAGGAAGAAUCAUAGCAAUAUGAAUGAAGCUGCCAGUACCCUACAAGUACCCCGAAGUGCUUACCAGUGUGCAAAAGACUGGGUUGUUGAAAAGCGGUUUUUGCUACAGAAUAUGGCGAGUUUCUAGUCCCUCAACAGGCUUGGUCGAUUGUGAUGUUUUGAACUAGGACAAAAUUGACCUUUAAGUAUUUCAGUGAUUUUGACAAGGGGAAACCGAUCGAAGUUUAAAAAACCUUGUAAAAAUCGACUAGUUUAAUGAUGUUAUUGUGAAAACGUACAGUUGCGUUGCAUGAAAAAAACUGUAAAUAAGAAUAUACGAACAACAAAAUACGCGACUGUAGGCAGCUUUUUUCUGCCUCGAGUCCUGGAGCGGCCAUUCUGCAAAGUAAAAAUUCAUUAAAAGUUCAUUUUAAAUUCA